AUGUUGUGCUUGGAUUUCGCGCGCUUUUACUCCACUGAAUCUGAUCUCUACAUAUUGUAUUCAUAUCCAAAAUUUGAGAGUUGAGUUUGACUUUGGCCUUGGGCAAGGCAAAUUGCACAUGUUGUGUACGGUGUUGUAAAUUAAUAAAAUUUCUCGUGUAAAUUGAUUGAGAAAAUCUCUAUUGCAGUUGCAUUAUAGCUGGUGAACGUCGUAAAAAACAAUGCGUAUUUUGCAGUCGAUCUGCUACUGCCGUUCAAAGUAACAACUAUUGGAAAAUACGAACAUCUAAAAUCUUGUGGCCAGUCAUUUAAACUAUGAACACAGAGAACUGAUGGCUUUGAGUAAACCAGACUUUCACCUAUUUGCCUUAAAUGCUGGCUUAAACUUGGCAGAUAAAGUGUGUACCAUAUUGGGCAUCAAACAAUCACCAGCUGUGGUUAGCACCUUUUCCAACUUGGAAACAAAAGUUGAGGUUGGUGUUUCUGUUCGUGGCAAAGAUGUGUUUAUUAUUCAGUCUGGUUUUGGAGAAUCAGAACUUGGAAGUGUCAAUAACAGUCUUAUGGAACUACUCAUUUUUGCCUACCAUUGUCGAACUGCUAGUGCAAGGAAAAUUGUUGCAAUUAUACCUUAUCUUCAUUAUUCCACACAAAGCAAAAUGCGAUGUCGAAGCUCCAUACCAGCCAAACUUGUUGCUAGCAUGCUAUGCCGAACUGGAAUCGAAAAUUUCAUCACUGUUGACCUACACUCUAAAGAAAUCCAAGGUUUCUUCAAUCGACCUGUUGACAAUUUGCGUGCAUCACCAUUUUUGACAUUGCAUAUUAAAGAGAACAUAAUACCACGUGGAGAAGUGGUUAUAGUUGCCUUAAAUCCCCACACGGCUACUCGUGCCAGUCCUUUCGCAGAACGCUUGCGAGCACAGUUAGCUGUGCUACAUGGAAAAGCAGAAGAUGAUCCUGAGUCAGACAAUGAAGAUGAUGUAUCCUCACCAAGUAAUAGUGAUGAAACUGUAUUUGAUUUUGAAGUCCAUAGAAGACGUCGAGUACAAGUGGAACGUACUUCCAUAUCUUUUGACACACCUGGAUUCUUGCCUAAAAGCAAACCAUCAAUGUAUCUUGUGGGAGAUGUCAGUGAUAAGAUUGCUAUCAUUGUGAAUGAUCUUAUUGAUGAUGCAAACCCUUAUAUCAUGGCAACACAAGUGCUUAAAUCAAAUGGUGCUAAGGAAGUCUAUGUAGUAGUUACUCAUGGUGUUUUAUCUGGUUGCAGCCCAGAGAUGAUACAAAGUUCCGAUAUUGACGGCCUAAUUAUAACAAACACAGUAGAACAUGAAAACAAAAAGAAACAAUGUGAAAAAAUAACAACAAUAGAUAUAAGUGUGCUCCUUAGUGAAGCUAUAAGGAGGAUACAUAAUGGUGAAUCCAUUUCAUAUCUUUUUAGAAACAUUGCACCUGAUGAAUAAAUGGUGGUUUAAAUCCACAAUUACCACAAGAUAUUGAUGGCUUGAAGAAGUUGUACGAAUGUAUGCUAUUCAUCUUUGUAAUAACAUACAAGACCAACUUUUAUAAUAAUAAGUUAUAAUUAGAAACACAAUCGAUUUUUUUUAUUUAUAUGCCACUUAUUUGCAAAUGUUUCCAAACUGACUCUCAACUUACUUUGAAAUCAGACUACCUUUGAACUUGUUGUUUGAUGGUAUAGAAAAAUAGUAUUAAUUAUGUUUCUAGAGAAAACAACUCAUUCGAAAUUUGAAAUGAACUUUUCAAACUCGUAAGCAAAUAAUUGUUAAUAUAUACAGAAUGUACAUCUGUAUUUUAUGCUUGAUGUAUGUAAUAAUUUAAAAUUCUCUUUUACAAUAAAUAUUAAAUUAAAA